AUGACUAGAAAAGUUUCUGAUAUCUUUUUAUACUCCCUGUGAUUUAAAAUAAAUAAACGAUCAUCUGCAAGUUAUGUGACAUUAACACGUACUGUAGUGUUUCCACCAGUGUUUAGGAUGAUGCAAAUCAUUUGGUCAAGAAGGAUAACCAAAAGUGCUUUUAGACGGAGUAUGUGACCUAUACAUUGAGUGCAUGUGCAUGUAUGAUAUUAUUUUGCACAGUGAGCUCCCUUUAAGCUCUCAUUUGUUCAUGUUCGUGUCUUGCAGCUAUUCUUCUACAGUAUAUGUAUCCCAUGUGAUAUACCGUUAGCAGCUCUAAUAGCCUUGAACCUCUCAGCAACCAGCAGGUUGCGCGCUACUCAACCAACCAGUUACUAUGUCUUUGCAAUAUGCCUCUACCAAUGCUGGUUUAUGACUCGUCGCUUUGUGUAUUUAAGCCUUAUCGUCAGGCCAGGUGUGGCAGUUGUACCUGUCACACACAUGUUGUACUUGUCACACACAUGGUCUCUCAACAAGAACUGAGGAUCAGAGUGCAAACGCUGGAGUUUUUUAAAGAAAGGAUAAGAAGCUGGGAGCUAAAUGUCCAUCCUUAUAUGUCUGAAAUUUAAGUUCUAGAAUACAACAUGUCAAGAUACAUAAAGGCAAAGAAGAGGAGGUUGGUGGUUCCAAGCUGGAUUUAUACUGAAGAAGUUGACAGUGGGCAGAGGAUGUACUGCGGGAAUAAGAUCAAGACCACUAAGUACACUUUCCUCUCCUUUAUCCCCAAGAACUUGUUUGAACAACUUCACCGCUUUGGCAACAUUUAUUUUAUUUUUCUGGCUGCUCUCAAUUUUGUUCCUAUCGUAAACGCAUUUCAGCCCGAAAUUGGAGUCAUACCUAUUUUACUGGUUAUGUCCAUCACAGCACUAAAGGACCUAUGGGAAGAUCAGCGAAGAAGAAAAUCUGACAGACAGGCCAACAACCUGCCAUGUAAAUUAUAUACCAGUAAACAACAGUGUUAUGUUGAGAGGCGCUGGGCUGAUGUGUGUGUGGGGGAUCUGGUAAAGUUGUGUUGUAAUGAGAUCAUUCCUGCUGACAUGGUACUGCUCCAUUCGUCUGACCCAAAUGGAGUGUGUCACAUUGAGACUGCCAACUUGGAUGGAGAAACUAACUUGAAGCAGAGACAGGUGGUCAAAGACCUGCUACAACAAGGAUCAGAAUUUACACCAGAGAACUUCAGCAGCCGCAUUGAAUGCGAAAACCCCAAUGAUGAUCUAAGACGUUUUAGAGGCUACAUGGAGCACCCUGAUAAAGUUCGGGUUGGAUUGCAUAAUGAAAAUCUUCUACUGAGGAGUUGUACAGUGAGAAACACAGAGACUGUGAUUGGCAUAGUGGUCUACGCAGGCCAUGAGACAAAAGCAAUGCAGAAUAACAGUGGUCCACGAUAUAAGCGAAGCAAGCUGGAGCGCAGACUCAACAUAGACAUUAUUUGGAGUGUUGUCUUACUACUUGUCAUGUGCCUUACUGCUGCUGUGGGCCAUGGUGUGUGGCUGAGUGGCCUAAAGGACUCUGUCUUCUUGAUCUCCGAUGACACACACCCAGCUUUGGCUGGCUUCUACAUGUUCUGGACUAUGAUAAUUGUUUUGCAGGUUCUUAUUCCCAUUUCUCUGUAUGUGUCUAUAGAAAUAGUAAAAUUAGGACAGAUCUAUUUUAUCCAAAAUGAUCUAGAUCUGUAUGAUGCCAGGCUGGAUACUGGUAUACAGUGCAGGGCACUAAAUAUCACAGAGGACCUGGGACAGAUCCAGUACUUGUUCUCGGAUAAGACAGGGACCCUGACAGAAAAUCGCAUGCUGUUUCGUCGGUGUACUGUCGCUGGCAAGGAGUACCCUCAUAAUGAGCAUGCGCAAUCAAUGGAACAGUAUGUAGAGCAGGUUGCUGGCAAACUCUCACUGCGUUCUAGCUCCAGGAAAUCUCUCAGCUGCAAUCGGAGCUCCUUAUCCAUUAACACCCUCACUGCUGCUUGUGACACACACUCGCCACAUAACACACUCCACCAUCACGUGCCUGGGGCUUUUAGCAGCGCCAUGGAGUGUGCAGUGAUUCCAGAUGUUCAGCUGCAUAAAAAGCUGCGGGCCCUUUCAAGCUCUGCUGUUAAAUACGAUGCUGCAGAACUCUCACAUAUCCUAGAUUUCUUUCUCGCCUUGGUUGUCUGCAACACUGUGGUGGUGUCCUCCCCCAGUCAACCCCGUCACGUGGUGAAGACACCAGUGGCUCGCACUCCUUUACGCUCUCUGGAGGAGAUGAAAACUCUUCUGCAGAAAAUGAGUCGCCCUCUCUUUUCACUGUCCCCUGUUGAGAGUGCUGACAGCCCACCUGGCUACACCAGGAGGUUAUUUUCUCUCGGACGUCACAAUCACAAUACACCUCCACACACACCUACACCUUCUCCAUCACCCAGCCCUGCUAUCACACCUCAACAGCCACACCACAUCGAGGAUCUCGAUCAGGACUUCAGUGGAGAUGAUAAAGAAGAAGUUAAAGAUGAUAAAGAAGAAGAAGAAGAGUUGCUGUAUGAGGCAGAAAGCCCAGAUGAGGCUGCACUGGUGCAGGCUGCAAGGGCGUACGGCUGCACUCUGCUGGGCAGGUCCCCGGAACAGCUGCUGGUUGCCCUGCCAGGCACCGGGCCCCUUAAUGUGCCACUGCUUCACCUACUGCCCUUUCACUCUGUCCGCAAGAGAAUGUCAGUAGUGGUGCGUCAUCCACUCACCAGCCAGGUGGUGGUCUACACCAAAGGAGCUGACAAUGUGAUUAUGGACCUGGCUGGGACAUCAGAUCAAAGUGAUAGUUCUAGAGAGAUGAUGAAGCGAACACAGCGUCAUCUAGAUGAAUAUGCUAAGGAAGGCCUGCGAACACUCUGUGUUGCAAAAAGAGUCCUACAGGAGGCAGAGUACAAGGCCUGGCUAACCGAACAUGCUUUUGCUGAAACCAGUAUUGAAAACAGAGAAGAACUACUUAUAGAAUCUGCUCAGAGAUUGGAAACCAACCUUACGUUAUUAGGAGCGACAGGUAUAGUGGACCAAUUACAGGAAGAUGUUCCAGAAACUAUUGAAGCUUUACAGAUGGCAGGGAUUAAGAUAUGGGUGCUCACAGGGGACAAACAGGAGACAGCCAUUAACAUUGCAUGUGCCUGCAAACUCUUACGAGUGACCGACCAGUUACUUACUGCCAACUGUGACAGUCAGGAAGCAUGUGAAGCUCGGCUUUUAGAGCUCCAUCAGGAGAUCAGAGACAUCCAAGACGGGGGUUUGUCUACCUUUGAUUUGGCCACGCCUCAGGAUGAUGCCAUCUCCGGCUUUACAUUAGUGAUUGAUGGCAGGACAUUAGACUUUGCCCUGAAGAAGGAGUUACAGAAAGCAUUUCUGGAUGUCGCAGUUAGCUGCCGAUCUGUCAUAUGCUGCAGGUCUACCCCCCUGCAAAAGAGCCAAGUUGUUCGGCUUGUUGGUGGUACACUGGGGGUCAUGAGCCUUGCUAUAGGUGAUGGAGCAAACGAUGUCAGUAUGAUUCAGGUGGCAGAUGUGGGUGUUGGCAUCUCAGGCCAGGAAGGCAUGCAGGCUGUGAUGUCCAGUGAUUUUGCCAUCUCCAGAUUUAAAUACCUGAGAAAACUCCUGCUGGUUCAUGGGCACUGGUGCUACACCCGACUAGCUAACAUGAUCCUGUACUUCUUUUAUAAGAAUGUUAUGUACGUGAAUCUGCUGUUCUGGUUCCAGAUCUUCUGUGGUUUCUCAGGAAGCACCAUGAGUAACUCCUGGGUACUUAUCUUUUUUAACCUGCUGUUUACAUCAGCCCCACCUCUGUUGUAUGGUGUGCUGGAUAAAGAUGUGUCUGCUGAGACACUCCUGUAUAAGCCACAGCUUUACAAAGCUGGACAGAAUUCUCAGGCCUACCUUCCCUCCACCUUCUGGCUGAACAUGCUGGAUGGUUUUUACCAGAGCCUGGUCUGCUUCUUUAUUCCAUACUUUACAUAUGCAGGUUCAGACAUUGAUCUGUUCUCUUUUGGUUCUCCCAUCAAUGGUUCAGCUCUUUUCAUCAUCCUUCUGCACCAGGUCAUAGAGAGCCACACACUGACAUGGCUCCAUGCAGCAGUGUUACUAGGCAGUGGCAUCUUAUACUAUUCGUUUGUCCUGGUGUUCAGUGUCACAUGUGUGAAGUGUAACCAUCCCACUAACCCAUUUGGCAUUGAGACUAGACUGAUGUCUGAGGCUUUGUAUUACUGUGUGUGUGGACUCACUACUGUCUUAGCACUUCUGCCCAGGAUGUUGUGUCGUGUGUUUGCUAACUCCCUCUGUCCGUCUGACCUGGUGAAAGCACAGAAACUGGACAAAUCCUCCACAGGAUGGGUUAGAAGCCGUAUCCAUCACUGGAAAGAAGACAGGUUUGCCAAAGCAAAAUUGAACUCUAGGCCCAUCCCCCAGACUCUUAGUGUAAACGCAGACAUGCUCGACUUUGCAAACUGCAAUUCAGAGACUGGCCCUGUACUUUCCUGAUUAAUGAGCAAAAGCUUCCUCACAACUGAUAAACUCAUUGAACUUUUGAGAAAAACAAAACCAGUCAAAUCUUCACACUGGGUUUACUCUAAUUCAAGUGUUUACUGUCACUGACAUCAGUCCACAUUCCCAUCUUCUCUUAUCAAAACUACAUACAUUAGCUGUACCUAUUUUACAUAUCCAUGUGCACAAUCUUGAUUGUAGAGUGUCUUAAGAAAACACUUAGACCCCACAUACUUUUUUUUUUUUUUUUUUUUUUUGUGAAGCAUAGAUGACACAUUGGAACACUAUUCAUCAUCUUGCAUCAUCAUCCGCCUCUGUCACACUAUUUGAUUUUUCAAGAAAUACUUUUUUUAUUAUUAUUUUCAUAAAAAAAUUAUUUAAAAAUGGGAGGAGAGUCAAAUCUGCUAUUCACAAGUCUGCCUAAACCAUUUAUCAAAAUUUGACCAAACUUUCACAAACCCUUUUUCAGAAAUCAUAGAUGUGGAGAAGUCUAUAUGAUAGGUCACAAUGCACCCCUUGUUUAAAUAUUAAAAUUUUUGCAUCAGAGAAAAUGGUGACUAAAUAAUCGUCUCAGGAUUUGGAUCCAUGUUCAAUAUAACAGGAACAUUGAGAUAGUCAUGAAUACCAUCAUCAAAGAAAAUAACUGUUGUGACUCUGCCCUAGCUGUGAUUUUGGUAAGUAAUACUUAUUUCUUUGAGAAAUCUUUUGUGACAUAAGUUUUUCGUUUAUAGUAUUAAAGAAAUGUUGCACAAUCAGUUGUUAGGCGACACAUGCCUUCCUUGGAAGAUCUAUUAUUCCCACAGGAUAAAAGAAAGCAAGAAUAAUUGAAAUAGACAUGUGCCUUCAAGGUUGGACUUUGUUUUGUUGAAAGAUAUUGAAGAAAAUUUGGUUUUUAAUCAUUGUGCUAUUUAUAAUUGCCACUAAGUACUAAAAUGCUAACAAAACACUUUUUAGGCACUUUACUACUAUAAGUUACUGGAAUAACUGUGACAUUGAGUGGGUUUUAGAAGGUAAUUCUUGCAAGAGGAGAAAAGUAGUUGCAGCGGGUUUGCUUCUGCUUAGCUGUAGAGAAGUGUUACCAUACCAGCCCUUGAUACAGUACAUUUUAAUGUCUAGCCCUAAUCUAGACUUAAUUACACAGAAACUAAGGUUAAAAGUCUGCAAAAUGAUGUGAAGUAAGCAAUUCCAACCUAAUAUCAAGAAAAAAAAAAAAUCAGGAUAAAAUAUGCCAAAGUAACGGCCUGUUCUGCAUUUUGUCUGGAUUGUGCAGCAUUUGGUAAAAGCCCUGAAAGGUUACAGUCUCAUAAUAGUAAUAGUAAAACAGUACAAGCCAAAGUUUUAAGUACUCACUGCUGGGGAAAAAAUGCUGCACAUUAUAAAGAAAUUGUUACAAAAGAGGGGAAAAAACUGUUAAAUAAAAAAAAAAAACAGAAGAGAUAUAUUAUUUAAAAUUUGUAACUUUAAAAUAAAAAGUAAUGAAAAUCUAAUUAGUGUGCUUAUAGUAUAAUCAGACAUUGCUAAAUUGCAAAUUUGCACAUGUGAGUAACUGCAGUCGCAAUAUGUAUUGCAUUUUAGAAAAAAUACAUAAUGUGCUUAGGUGCAGCUUAUCUGUAAAAAUAACUGUAAGUGUAUAGUGUAGUCAGUGUCAGUGUUUGGUAGCGUUCAUUUUUCAUAUGGCUCUGGGGUAAAAGUUGUACUUCAAAUAGUUGGUUUCAAGUGUGGGAUGGGUCUUUUCACAUUAUUGUUUACCCUGCUGUCCCAUAAGACCUGAAUGAGUCUCUGAGGAGUGUGGUGAUCAGCCGAUAAGUUUGUAGGAGGUGUUGUGUUGAUGUUUA